AUGCACAAACCUUCCCUAGCUCAGAUUGUGCACAAUGCAACCUUUCCGCGCCCGCGCACGAGCGAUCCAGCGACAUUCUCAGCUCAUAUCACCCGUAACCUCGUUCCCGAAGUUCGGAUCGAAACCUCGACUUUCUAUGGAUCGCUGGACACCGUUGAAGCUCAAUAUCCUGGUCUUGAUUAUUUCUAUGGUCCGCAUCGCAUGAGGCUGAGUCGGUUUCCUUGGCAUCGUCGGCUUUUUAGAGUCUUCGACGAGCUCGGUUUAACGGAGGCCGAGAUAUCCUCGCUGUGUCGCUGGGAAGGUACCAAGUCGGCACGUGAGCGGUAUGAGAAGGAAGAGGGCGUCAAGGUACAAGAUACAACGGCCAAUGGUGUCCGACCCGCGUCGCCAUCCCCGCUACCUUCGGUUGAGGUUCAUUUCGAAGAUGGCCCAGAGCGGGUGAGAGAACCAGAGGUCAAGGUUGAAGCACGCGAGCACUUCGUUCCCGUGACUGACACCAUUGAUGACCGUGGUGUCGACUGUGAUAUACCUCAGAAGGUUGAAGAAGAGUCAAGCGACGAGGAAAUGGAAAGCUGUGGCGUGGAACUGAAUCAUCGUCUUCUUGCAGCAAGUGCCGCCCGCGAACGAGGCGCCAAUGUUCCGCUGGACGAGGACUGGGAGCAAUGGUUGAAGGAGGCUGGCGAGCGAGGAAGUUACGUCGACAUAAUCAAUGCGAUCCGAAGAGGCCAACCGUUGGAUUUCUUGUAUGACAUGCCGUACCUUAGUAGUAGGACAGGCGCUAGACGAUCCGUGUCGCUCUCGGAACGUACGUCCACCUUGCUCGCGGCGAGCACUUCUAUUCGACGCCCUCCUCAUUCUCCGUCAGGAACAGCACGAUAA